UCCUCUCUAGUCUUCCUCCUCCUCUAUAUAAAACCCUUCCUUUUUUUUUUUUUUUUGUAACUUGGGCUUUCAAAAACCCUUCCUUUCUCAUCUCCUCUGCUUACUGUUCUCUAAUCUAAUUUCACCUUUCAUUAAAAACCUAAACACUUUACCUUAUUAACAAAACACCUUGAGUUUCUGAAAAAUGUCGGAAGAAUUCGACGAAUCUGAGAUCAUUUUCCCCGACAACUGCUUCCCAACUCGCCGGCGUGAUGAAGAGAACGAGAAAGAGAAUCUUCCAGUUGACAACCGAGAAAACUCGAGAAGGAGACGGAGCAAAACGACGCCGUUGCCUUCACCGGCGGCAUUCUCGACGUCGCUUCCGGUUAAUAUUCCGGGAGAUAUGAUGCGGAGGUACUCGGAGGAUGAUGAAGAAUCUGAUGGAGGAAGGAAAAUGAUUCCGCCGCAUCUGAUCGUGGGACGGAGGACGGAAGGUUUUCAAAUGGCGUUUUCCGUUUGUACAGGUAACGGAAGAACACUCAAAGGGCGAGAUCUGAGCCGGGUUCGUAAUUCGGUUCUCAGGUUAACCGGUUUUUUGGAGGCUUACUUUCAGACCGGUUCUCUAUUUAUCAAAAUUUUCCAUCUUCCAAUUUUUUUCUCUCUUUAGCGGAAGAAAUCAGCGGUCUUAUUGUUUUUUUUUUAUAUAGUUUUAUUUGAAGUUCAAAAGGAAAAUGUUAAAAACAUUAA